AAAUCCGAACCCCUACCUCAAGCGCCACUCUCUCUCAUUGCUGAAACCAAGCCUGCGGUGAAGGCCGCCGGGCCCGACGCCCUGGCGAACCCCCUCCAGUUGGCACCUAUGAACAGCCUGGCCACCUCUGUGUUCAGCAUAGCGAUUCCCGUGGAUGGUGACGAGGACAGUGCAUCUGGGGGAGGUGUUGUAGCCAUUGACAACAAAAUAGAACAAGCAAUGGAUCUGGUGAAAAGCCAUUUGAUGUAUGCGGUAAGAGAAGAAGUGGAAGUUCUAAAGGAACAAAUAAAAGAAUUAGUAGAAAGAAACUCUUUACUUGAACGAGAAAAUGCACUGUUAAAAUCUCUUUCCAACAGUGACCAAUUAUCCCAGCUCCCAGCCCAACAGGCCAAUCUUGGUAGCACUUCUCAGCAGCCAGCAGUGAUCGCACAGCCGCCGCAGCCAACGCAGCCUCCACAGCAGCCGAAUGUCUCCUCAGCAUAGUGCUUUCUGCCUCGGUCAGAAAAAAACUGAGAGCAGUCUGUCCUUGUGUGCCACUGGUGUUCUUUCCACUUUAUACGAAAGCAAGUAGCCAUGCUUCGGUUGUGUGUUUGGCCUUUUCAGUAUUAGACAAUCAUUCUACAAGAGCUUUUCCUCUCUCUGAGAUGUCAUGCCGCGCUGUUGAUGUCCAGUUCUGUGUCUUCAGUACAAAAGGAGACUAAUGGAUGGGGUUUAUUAACGGAAGCAAAGUCUGCGUCUUUCCUGGUGCGCAUGAGUGGGGUCUUUAAGAGCUGGGGUGGCUCUCCCAUGUUACCGAUUACCCAUGGAUCACCCUGAGCCCUCCUGUCACGUGAUAAACAACAGUUCAUCUAAAGAGCCACUUUUCCCUCAAUAUCAGUAACAUUUGCCUACAUGAGUUUUCAUUUAUUUGUGUUUUAUUUAUUACAGGGCUGCUAUUUUCAUAAUGUACAUGAACAAUGUCACAGAACUUUUUUAAUUUUUUUAAAUGUAAGUAUCAGUAAAGGAAUUGAAAGACAGGAUUGCAUUUAAUAGAUAAAACGUUUAGGCAAUAAUUGAACAAAAGAAUCCUGCCAUAUUUCUAACACUAAUGGCAAUUUACCUUCGGUAUUUAUUUUCAGUAGUAAAGACCCAGCUUGAAUGUAAAUUUUGUAUAGUGUAAGUAUGAAGACCAUAGUGCAACUGUACAGAUAGUCACCAGUUAUUGUGAUAUAAUAAAUAAUUGGGCUAUUUUGAUGAAGAAAACUUUGUUCAUUUGUUUCUACUUUCUAAUAGAGAAAUUGCCACGAUUCCUCUGCUUUUUGACAUUUCGUAUGACUUUUUUUUUCGGGUGGGAAUAAAAAGCUGUGAAAUUGUUCAACCUACUUUGUAACCAAAGAAGCAAAGCUGUGUAAUGGAGUUUUUUGUUUUGUUUUUGUUUUUUUAUAAUGCACAUUCUUUAUGUAUUUUUAUUUAGUGUUUUCUCGGUCACAAUUUUCUUUGCUGUCUAGCAUGAUCUGCAUGACCUAUAAUCUUUGAACCACUUUCGUACCUCAUGUUUUUAUCCAGCACUCUUAUUGUAAUAUGUACUAGUCUGUGAACAAUGUCAAAUAAAAAAGAACGGACAGGUGGUAUGGUGGAGCAGAGCUAGUGUACUAUACACUAGUUGUAAAAAAAAAAAAAAAAUGAAGUGA